AUGAAGACCUUUGCCACAAUCAUCACCGGGCUCCUCGUUGCCGCCGAAGGAGUCUUCGCGUUUCCCAGCACCGGUACCACUCCGCUGAGAAAGGAAGCAAGCAAGAAGGAUAUUCUUAUCGGGUCUGGAGCGAUAAACCCGACGUAUCUCAAGGAUCCGAGGUUCGCAGACGUUCUUGCCAACCAAUUCAACAGUCUGUCCCCCGAAAACGAGCUGAAAUGGUCGUUCAUCAACCCGAGCAAAGGGCACUACGACUGGGAUGCGAUCGACCGCCUCGUUGCCUUUGCGGAAGAAAACAACAUGGCGGUUAAGGGACACGGGCUCAUCUCGAGCUGCUGUAACCCCGACUUCCUGCUCAACAUCACCGAACCUGCAGCCAUUCGUGCUGCGAUGAAGACUCACUUUGAGGCAGUCAUGCACCGAUACGACGGCAAAAUGGACCGAUGGGAUGUCGUCACUGAAGCUUUGCAAACGCAGGGUGGUGGUUUGAACAACAACACCUUCUCCAAAGUGCUCGGACCCGGCUACAUCGAAGAUGCCUUCCGCAUUGCCCGAGCAGCAGCCCCAGAUGCCAAGCUAUUCAUCAAUGAGAAUCUCGUCGAGUCGCUCCCAGGCAAGCGCCAGGAACUCUACAACCUGGUCUCCGCCCUCGUGGCGAAGGGUGUCCCAAUCGACGGAGUCGCCCUGCAGAUGCAUAUCACCGAAGUAGCCCCUACGCCGGGCGUGCUCACGGAGAUGGUCAACUACUACAACGCGCUCGGAUUGGAGGUGACAAUUGCUGAAAUGGAUGUUCACACGCUUAACAACGCACUCGAGACUGAUAUUUACGGUGCCGUUAUCACCGAGGCCCUUGAUGCAGGAAUCACCGAGAUUAGCUUCUGGGGCUUCACAGAUAAGCACGCCUACACCUGGCUGGAGGGCGCAAAGCCAUUGAUGUUCGACCAGUGCUACAAGCCCAAGAGUGAAUUUUAUGCCACUCACGCUGCCCUCAGCAAGUUUGUCAACCGGUCCUAG